AUGUUCGGGGGCGGCGCGUGCAGCUUCAGCUUCGGCGCCACGGUGAUGGAAGAUGUAGCGGAGGUUUUGCUGCGCUCUGUGCGGUCACUGGAGCCGGUGCUGGCGGAGAAGGACCGCGCGCAGUUCUUCGCGGGCACGAGCACCUUGAACCAGCCCAACCAGAUCCACCUGGUGGAGGUGAGCGACAAUGCCAGCGACAUCACGACGCGCCAAGUGUUCCGUCACCCUGGGGAGGUGCUGAGUCUGGCUCCGAGUCCACAGGACCGGCAGCUGCUGGUUACGUGCGGCAAGCAGCGUGAACAAGCGACUGAAGCUUCGCUCUGGAAACUGCCGGACGCUGAUGAGGCUGUUGCCCCCUCGGGGGAAGACGCAGAGGACAGCCACGCUGUUGAUGCUGCAGCUCAAGAUCUGACGCAGUUGGCGGCGUUCCCGGCGCAGAAGCUGCCGGUGUCCGAAGUGGCCUGGGAUGCAACAGCAGACUCGCCUACGCUGGCAUCGGCGCAUGAGACCUUGCUGCGUACGUGGCAAUUGGACGGUGGAUCGGUGGAGGCGCAGGAGAAACUGGAGCUGGACGUGUCGAUGCUUGGAGGCACUACGAAGAGAGGGGCUAGUGCGCUGGCUUGGGACCCUCACCACUCUUCGCAGCUGGCCUUCGCCCUUGGCGGCAGUGUGCGCACGUGGGAUCUCCGAGCAAAGCAAGACAGCGUCAGUGUGGAAGACGCACACCCAAGCGCAACCCUGUCGCUCGACUUCAACCCGAACAAGCCGUACGCGAUUGCGAGCGGUGGAGACGAUGGCAAACUCAAGUUCUGGGACCUGCGCAAUGCCCGCAAGCCGGUGCUGUCGAUGAACGCGCACUCGCACUGGGUCUGGAGCACGCGUUAUCACCCGCAGCACGACCAGCUUGUCCUCUCUGGGGGCUCGGACGCAACGUUGGCUCUGUGGCGCGUGUCCUCGAUCUCGUCAUCACCGCUGGUUGAGUUGGACGAGCGCGAUCUCAUGGACGAGACCGCAGGUGGUGCCGCCGUGGCAGAUACGCUCAUUCGACGCGUUGAAGAGCACGAAGACGCAGUGUACGCAGCGCGGUGGGCUGCUGGAGGAGACGCCUGGAUGUUUGCUUCCGUGUCCUACGACGGCCGUCUUGCUGUCAACCAGGUGCCAUCGACAGAGAAGUACAAGAUCUUGCUGUAA